ACUUCAUUAAUGUUAUAACUGAACCAGUGCCAGUCGUUACCAUUACUGUAUUUGUCUAACCCUGGGAUUCAGUGUGUUAUUUUUCAUCCCUCCUAUUUCACUUCUAAUGCUCGAUUCCGGAUUUCCGAUUCACUCGUUUCCUUCCUAUCAUUGCAAGUACACAUAUUAUUCCACACUUCCUAAUAAAACAGCAUUUGUUAACUUCGUUGUCACAGAUUAAUGGAAAAUUCCUCCAGAUACAGAAACGAAACAUCUAGUGACGUUUGCAGACCCAGCGCAGGGCACCAAAGACUUUUAAACGUUACUCAUAAUAUAGUAGAUCAAUGCGAUGAUAGUAUAUACAUUGGAUACUGGAAAUGACCCCAGAAAAGCUUAAAAACUUUCAUUUACUGCUGAAUUACAGUCAAAGGCUUCGUAUUUGGAUAUUUACUCAGGGAAUCGUGAAAAAAAAGAUUUCCAACUAGGCGCUGCUGACGUUGGAUGUUGCGCAUAUCGAUAUAUGGUGUUGGAGACCAUUUAAAUUCUUGGCGGGCUAAUCCUUCUUCUUAAGGUCAAGUGGAAGCCUGUUGCUAAGACCUUGCUUCCUGUAGUGUUAUUCUCCUUGAUUUAUUUUAACAGUGCCGUUAUCUUUUGGGGGUCUAGAAGAAGCAUAUAUCUGAUAAAUAUCUUAUAAUUUGCUCAAUGUUCUUACCGAUCAGGCUAACUAUGUCUGCAGCACUCACCAAGUCAAAUCCUAUGAAAUUUUUGUUCAGGUUUGGCAAGCAUCAUAUGACUACAUUCUGCCGACCAGAAUGCUCUUCUUCUAAAUUCCCCCUUUCUGAAUACAAAGUUUUUAAAUUGGAUAGUACCCCACCACAGGAAACGGAGUGCACUCGUGAUGAUGCAUUAAAAUAUCUUGACAGUCUUCAUCGCAUUCGCAGAAUGGAGACGGCGCUAGGAAAUUUGUACAAGGAGAAGCAGGUCCGUGGAUUCUGUCACCUAUAUUCCGGCCAGGAAGCAGUUGCAGUUGGUAUUGAGGCUGCCUUACAACCAGGAGAUACUAUCAUUACUGCAUACCGCUGUCAUGGAUUUACUAUGACCCGAGGUGUUCCUGUUCAUGGUAUAAUAGCCGAGCUAGCUGGAAAAAAGACUGGAUGUACUAAAGGUGUUGGUGGUAGCAUGCACCUUUAUACUAAAGACUUCUAUGGAGGUAAUGGGAUAGUUGGAGCACAGGUCCCUUUGGGAGUUGGGAUUGCGUUACGCAUGAAGCACCGAGGAGAAAAGUCUGUAUCUGUAACACUUUAUGGAGAUGGAGCAGCCAACCAGGGUCAGGUGUUUGAAGCCUACAACAUAGCAAAGUUGUGGAAUCUUCCUGUUAUAUUUAUUUGUGAAAAUAAUAAAUACGGAAUGGGUACUGCAGUGCAUCGUGCGUCAGCUAAUACUAACUACUAUACUCGUGGAGAUUAUAUUCCCGGACUGUGGGUCGAUGGCAUGGACGUGUUAACAGUGAGAGAAGCUAUUCGUUUUGCUGCUGAUUGGUGUCGCUCAGAUAAAGGACCAAUAUUAUUAGAGACAGAGACCUAUCGUUAUCAUGGUCACAGCAUGAGUGACCCAGGAACUAGUUAUCGUACGCGUGAAGAGGUUCAGUCGAUGAGACGCGGUCGAGACCCCAUUGCUUUGUUCCAGAAAAUUGUUGUUGACAGUGGACUAUGUACCCAAGAUGAAAUCAAGGAAAUCGAGAAGAAUGUUCGAGCUGAAGUGGAUAAAGAUGUAGAAAAAGCAAUUAGUGACCCUGAGCCAUCUUUAGAAACUAUGUUUGGGAACAUUUACCAUGGCAUACCUCCAAAUUUCAAAGUCCGGGGCUGUGAUGUGAAAACAUGGGGAUCGACAUUUGUUACAAAGUGGUGAAGGUGGGUUUGUGCUUAAGAAAUGAAGUAGGCUGGUCAGUUUUAUCACGUUAUUACGUAGUCAGGUGUGUAGAAUAUUUUGUCAGGCAAGGAGUCAGGCAUAUCUAGUCCUUUAUUUUUUGACAAAGCCUGGAUAUCUACCAAUAACCUUGUAAUUUCGUUCCUCUAAAAUACAAUUCUUUACGUAACUCCAGUUUCAGUUUUUGUUUUGCGCUUUUUGGAAUGGGAUUUGUAUUUUCGUCAUGAUUGUCAAACGAAAGCUAAUUAGGGGGCAUAAAGCAAAAUAACAUUGGCAAUGCGAUCAUAAUGUAUUAUGUGUUUUUAAUGAUGUACUUUGGAAAAGCAGUUUCGUGAGAAUGAAAGAUACUGAAAAGUAAUCAGUGUACAUACCGUUACAUUAAAAAAUACUU